UCUGAUCAGUCUUGAACGCAUCGCGGCACCCACCAGAUCGCAAAUUAAAAACGCUCGCGUGCGCAAAUCCGUUCGAAAUAUCUGAAAGUUGUUUACAUAUGUGCGCGAUCGUCGCGGUCGGAUACAUAAUUUCGUGCGCAGCAAGGACAUAUAUUUCUUCAAGGACGCGGUUUGGCGAAUCCAUCGUAGCGGGCUACGUAGGCAUGUAGAUAUUUGGCUUUUAUUGUUUCCUCAGAUCAACGAUUCCAAAGCUACCAUGAGGCAUACCAUCUUUAGUAUAGUUCUAGCUAUAACAACGUUAUCCAGCCAUCCUGCGACAGCCCAGCAUGACGUGUUUCGAUUAUUUGAAAAUUGUCGAUGGGGAAAGCCAAAUUUCGACCCCUGUAUUAAAAAGGCAUUCAAUGCUGUGCGGCCUUGGUUUAAAACAGGUCUCCCGGAGUACAACGUCGCUCCGUUCGACCCACACAAGGCAUCCUUGGUGGAGCAGUACCGAGGUGAUCGGGACGGUCUGGCCGGUUACCAUCUUCAGCUGUUGAACGUGUCCGAGUACGGCUGGACCGAUUCGGAGGUCACCAAGUACCGGACGGACUACAAAAACAACCGCAUAAUCUACUCGCAGUACUUUCCGGAGAAGUCCCUGGAUGGCCAUUACAGCUUCCAGUCGAAAAUGCUCGGUCAGUCGAGGCUGGUGAAAGGUAUCUGGAACUUGACGCUGUACGAUUACAGCCAAACGACGACAGUUACCCGGCUGGGCAAACAGGGUGAGCUGUUGAAGGUGCGAGUGGAAAUUGACAAGAUCGGAGACAUGAAGCUGCACAUCUCCGAUCUGUUUCACGGAGCGAAGUUGAUUGAAUCCAUCGCGGACUUCGUCAUCAACACGAUGUGGCAGCCAGGGUUCCCCUUCAUCAAACCCCUAAUCAACGAUCUCGUCAGCGUAGCGUUCACCGAUAUCUUCAACGAAUCCUUCCGGUACUUCCCGCUGGAUGAGGUCAUACGAUAGCGACGAUGGGGACGGGGGCCGGCUUUCUUUCUAAGGACUGAAAUAAAUAAUCGUAAUUCGUUUGAUACCUA